AUGGAUGCUCAUGCAAAGAUGAUGUUUUACCUUCCAGACACCAUGGAUGUGAAAACAGAAGUCGAUGCUGCGUUGCGUGAUUUCAGGGCUCUGGACCCCACGUCACAGGAGGCAUUUGACAAGUGCGAUUUCGGUUCCCGUCUAGCAUCACUGGCUCAUCCGAAUGCACCGAGAGAUCACCUCCGAAUCGCCUGCGAUUUGAUGAAUGUAUUUUUCAUUUUUGACGAGUACACCGACAAAGAAAAUGUGGCAGUCACUAAGGAAAUGGUGGACAUUGUACUCGAUGCCCUACAUGAUCCUCGUAAGAUGCGACCAGAAGGUGAAUGUAUCCUGGGUGAAAUUGUGCGACAAUUUUGGGCUCGUGCAAUCCAGACUGCUAGCCAGUCUUUUCAGCGUCAUUUCCUCGACAGUUACACUGCAUACCUUCAUGCAGUAGUUGGCGAGGCUGAGGACCGCGACCACAGUCAUUGCCGCAGUAUCGAUGACUAUCUCAAGCUCCGUCGGGAUACAUCUGGUGUUGCACCUUCUCUCACAAUACAUGAAAUGGGUAUGGAGUUUCCUGACAAAGUGUUCUACCACCCUAUGAUCGUCAAUGACAUGGCCUCGUACAACAGGGAGCAAGCAACUGGAGACGAAAACCAUAACUUGAUCACUGCUAUCAUGCUGGAAAUUGGUCUCGACAGAAGCGGUGCGAUGGCUUGGGCAGCACGCUAUCAUACUCAACUCGAGAAGCAGUUCAUCGAUGGUCUUGCACAGGUUCCUUCGUUGGAAACUUGCACCGACAUCCCGGGCCUCGUCAAGUAUUUGAAUGGGAUAGCAGACUGGGUUCGAGCAAACCAUUCUUGGAGUUACGAGAGUCCAAGAUACUUUGGCACAAAGGGCGCAGAGAUACAGCAAAGUAGGCUUGUCCUGUUGUUACCAAAGAUCAAAUACGGCGACGCAUCCUCGAUGACGAAAGUCAAUGUUGCCGAUUUAUCGAAUAUCUAUGCCACAGUGCAGCUGUAA